GUCGCCAGACCCAGUUUGUCACCGUCUCCACGAGCAAACGUCCAAUUGAUCAAUCAAGUUGCGAUAAGAUCAGGGGUCGUUUCCAGCUUGCCAAACCAAAAACAGAGCAAUCGCAAAUCGCAAAACCGAUUGAUCAAAAAGGGGGCUGGUCGCAUCUUUUUCUUCUUCUUUAUAAACACAUCCGUCUUUCAGUCCGAGUCGCCCGGCGCAUUCUUCCAAUCGUCAUACCAUCCCAAAUCCUCCGACCCAAAAUCCGUCCGUCCAUACCAAAACCAUGCGCCCGUCCACCGUUAUCCUCGCCGCCUUCGGCCUGACAGGGUCCGCCCUCGCCCACGGCGACCACAGCAGCAGAUCGCAAAAGCCCAUUGUCGGCGAGAACGCCUCAUGGAUGGUUAAGCACAUGGCUGAGGAACACCACGUCGAGAACUUCGACGCCGCCUCCUUCUUCGCUCUGCACGACUUCGAUGCCGACGGCACUUGGGAAGGACUCGAGAUUCUCCGCACAUACGGCCUGAUGGACGACUCCAACAAGGGCGUUUCCCAGCCCAGGAGAGACGAGAUAGUCCGCGACAUCCUUGGCUUGAUCGACUACGACCGCAACGGCGUCAUCACCAAGGACGAGUUCGUGCGCUUCAUCGAGGUCGAGGGCAAGACGCUUCCAGAUAUGGGUACGGGACCGGGACACCACGGCGAUGCUGAGUACGAAUACGAGAUUCAUCACUGGGAAAAGUACCACGACGACAACACCAAGCUCGAGGACCUUACCCACCCCGAAGACAUUGAACAUUUCAAGAAGCACGAGGAGAUGGAACUCGAAGAGGAGCGGUUAGCCCAGAUGGACAAGAUCGCCAUCAUCGAGGAGAACAUCCCCGCCAAGUUCCGGAGGAGUGGGUAAGGCGAGCGCUCCUCCCUAGCUGCUCGAUCUGCGUACAUGAUUUGAUUUUUUGUUUCUUUUUUUCCCCGGCGCAUAUGGAGAGGUCCAGGAUGGACUGGAUAUCUAGAUACGGAUGGAUGCUUGUUUGGAAACGGAUCUAUGUAUAAACUGAUGAAUACCCACCCGCGCGCAUUGGCGAAAGGGUUACGACGAAACCAGACCGUCAUGUUGGACGACGACUACUACCACUACCAUUACUACUUACUACCUGUAUCACAACACCUUUUAAUGUAUACAUCAAAGACACAAUGCCACACAUCUGGCGCAAACGUCUUGACGAGCUCUACAUGCUCCACCACCGCCUUUGUCUCUGUUGUUGUCCCAUCACUGUCAUCCAACUCUUCGUUCCAGCGGGUCAUCAGUUCCUGAAUCUCC